GCAGGCAGUCAACAGAACAGAGACAUUUUGUCUUCUAGGUAGUGGUGGAGCACACACCGCAAACCCUCCCUGGACCCCAGGCUAUAGCAGGGUAUCUAGGCUAUACUAGGAUAUACCCUCUACCAGUGGUGUUAUAUCUGCCUUGUGUCUUCUUCCUACUCUGAGGGAGGGGAGAAGAGAAGGGAGGUGGGCUGCCAGCUGGUCUGUGACAGUCAGACAGAGAGAGAGACACAGCCGGAGGAGAGGAGACUGGAGGCUGUGGAAACAAGACGAGAGAGAGAGAGAGAGAGAGAGAGAGAGACAGAACCGGAGGAGAGGAGACUGGAGGCUGAGAAAACAAGACAAGAGAGAGGAACUGGAAUUGGGAGAAAGACGAUUAACAGAGGAGGAGAACAGAGCAAACAAGCUUCUUAAACCGGACGGGGCAUUAAAGAGGUGUUGCUAUCCAUCUCCCAGGCCCUGUGUUUGGGCCCGUUUUGAGAGGCGAUCCGAGCAGGCUGGUCCCAGUCAGGAGGCACCAUCUCCCAGGCCCUGUGUUUGGGCCCGUUUUGAGAGGCUCUCCGAGCAGGCUGGUCCAAGGCAGGGGGCACCAUGUCCGGGGCCUCUGUGAAGGUGGCGGUGCGGGUCCGUCCCUUCAACUCCAGAGAGAUGGGGAAGGACAGCAAAUGCAUCAUCCAGAUGUCAGGAAACACAACCACCAUCCUCAACCCCAAGCAGCCCAAAGAGAACAAGAGCUUCAACUUUGAUUACUCGUACUGGUCACAUACCUCGCCCGAGGACAUCAACUUUGCUGGCCAGCAGCAGGUGUACAAGGACAUUGGUGAGGAGAUGCUGCUCCAUGCCUUCGAGGGAUACAACGUCUGUAUCUUUGCCUAUGGCCAGACCGGAUCUGGGAAGUCCUACACCAUGAUGGGCAAGCCGGACUUGAAGCACCAGGAAGGAAUUAUCCCUCUGAUGUGUGAAGACCUCUUCACCAAGUUCAACGACAGUAAUAACGACAAUAGCAAGUCGUACUCUGUGGAGGUGAGCUACAUGGAGAUCUACUGUGAGCGUGUGCGUGACCUCCUGAACCCUAAGAACAAGGGGAACCUGCGUGUGAGGGAACACCCCCUGAUGGGGCCCUACGUAGAGGACCUGUCCAAGCUGGCCGUCACCUCCUACAACGACAUCCAGGACCUCAUGGACUCUGGAAACAAGGCCAGGACGGUGGCCGCCACCAACAUGAACGAGACUAGCAGUCGCUCCCACGCUGUGUUCAACAUCAUCUUCACUCAGAAACGACACGAUGCUGAGACUGAUAACACCUCUGAGAAGGUCAGCAAAAUCAGCCUGGUGGAUUUGGCCGGCAGCGAGAGGGCCGACUCCACAGGCGCCAAGGGGACCCGGCUCAAGGAAGGAGCAAACAUCAACAAAUCUCUGACCACUCUGGGGAAAGUCAUCUCUGCCUUGGCCGAAGUGGAUUCUGCACAAAAUAAGAACAAGAAGAAAAAGAAAGUGGAGAGUCACAUCCCUUACAGAGAUUCUGUGUUGACCUGGCUACUGAGAGAGAACUUAGGGGGAAACUCUCGAACUGCCAUGGUUGCUGCUCUCAGUCCAGCUGACAUCAACUAUGACGAGACUCUCAGCACACUCAGGUAUGCAGAUAGAGCCAAACAGAUCCGCUGUAACGCUGUCAUCAAUGAGGACCCUAACAACCGAUUGGUCCGUGAGCUGAAAGAGGAGGUGUGUCGCCUGAGAGACCUCCUCCUAUCCCAGGGACUGGGAGACAUCCUCGAAAUGACCAAUGCCAUGACGGGGAUGAGCCCCUCCCCCUCUUUGUCCGCCCUGUCCAGUCGAGCCGGAUCCAUCGCCAGCCUCCACGACCGCAUCAUGAUCAGCCCUGGCAGCGAGCAGGCCAUCGAGAGACUCAAGGAAACAGAGAAAAUCAUUGCAGAGCUCAAUGAGACCUGGGAGGAGAAACUUCGCAGAACAGAAGCCAUCAGAAUGGAAAGAGAGGCCCUGCUGGCUGAGAUGGGUGUGGCCAUGAGGGAAGAUGGAGGAACUGUGGGCGUGUUCUCCCCCAAGAAGACUCCUCACCUGGUGAACCUUAACGAGGACCCCCUGAUGUCAGAGUGUCUGCUGUACUACAUUAAAGAUGGCAUCACCAGGGUCGGUCGCGUGGACGCCAGCAGCAGACAGGACAUUGUGCUCAGUGGUCACUUCAUCAAGGACGAACACGGUACCUUCACGUCUACCACGGGACCCAUGGGAGAAAUAGCGGUCACUCUGGAGCCCUGUGAGGGAGCUGAGACCUACGUCAACGGGAAGAGGGUCACAGAGGCUACAGUCCUCAAAUCAGGGAACCGCAUUAUCCUGGGUAAGAGCCACGUGUUCCGGUUCAACCACCCAGAGCAGGCGCGCCAGGAGCGGGAGAGGACGCCCUGCGCUGAGACCCCCGUGGAGCCGAUGGACUGGGCCUACGCACAGAGAGAACUGUUGGACAAACAGGGCAUCGACAUGAAGCAGGAGAUGGACCAGAGGCUUCAGGAGUUGGAAGACCAGUAUCGUAAAGAGAGGGAGGAAACCCAUAUCCUGCUAGAGCAGCAGAGGCUGGAUUAUGAGAGCAAGCUGGAAGCCCUUCAGAAACAGGUGGACCGUUAUUACCCUGAGGUAAUAGGAGAGGAAGAGGAGGAGCCUGAGGAGGAAGUUCUGUGGACAGAGAGGGAGACGGAGCUGGCCCUGUGGGGUUUCAGGAAGUGGUGCUGUUACCAGUUCACUUCCCUCAGAGACCAGCUGUGGGGAAACGCCAUCUUCCUCAAGGAGGCUAACGCCAUCAGCGUGGAACUCAAGAAGAAGGUCCAGUUCCAGUUUGUGCUGCUGACCGACACCCUGUACUCCCCCCUGCCCACUGACCUGCUGCCCCCUGAGGCAGCCAAGGACAGAGCGACCCGCCCGUUCCCCAGGACCAUCGUAGCUGUGGAGGUUCAGGACCAGAAGAAUGGGGCCACCCACUGCUGGACCCUGGAGAAGCUCAGGCAGCGCCUGGACCUGAUGAGAGAGAUGUAUGACAGAGCAGCGGAGGUUCCCAGCAGCACCAUAGAAGACUGUGAGAACGUCAUGACUGGAGGAGACCCCUUCUACGACCGCUUCCCCUGGUUCCGUCUGGUCGGCAGCAACCCCCUUUUCAACACGUGUAUGAGCGAGCGCAUGAGUGAUCCCACUCCCUCCCCCACUCCUUCCACCACCCUCUCCACCUCCGAGCAAACGGAGCUGGCCGACGCUCGUCCGGAGGGACGAGGAAGGGAGGAGGAUGAGUUGGAUGCUUUGCAGGAUCUGAACGAUGAUAUAUUUUUGGACGAUCCGUGCUCGGAGCUCGGGGAUGAUGAUGAUGAUGAUGAUGAGGGAGAGGUGUGCCGAGGUGGCUCCAGCGAAGGCCUGGAUCCCUUUUAUGACCGCUCUCCGUUAUUCAGUGUAGUGGGAAGAGCCUUUGUGUACCUGAGUAACCUGCUGUACCCUGUGUCCCUGGUCCAUCGCGUGGCCAUCGUCAGUGAGAAGGGAGAGGUUAAAGGAUUCCUCAGGGUGGCUGUACAGGCGAUCUCAGCCGAUGAGGAGGCUCCUGACUACGGAUCCGGUGUCCGUCAGUCUGGCACCGCCAAGAUCUCCUUCGAGGACCGGGAGUUUGAGAAGUUCCAGGCUGAGUCGUGCCCCGCCGGUCUGUCCCGUACUGGGGCGUCCCAGGAGGAGCUGCGUUUCGUGGAGGGGGAGGGACAGAACUCAGAGACGGGACCCUCAGCCGAUGAAGUCAACAACAAUACAUCCGGUCCAGAUGACUUGGAGAGCCCCCUGAAGACCAACCUGGAGGGAGGAGCUCUGGACGGAACCCUGGAACACCUGAGAAUAGGUAACAUCCUCACCUUCAGAGUGACGGUCCUCCAGGCCUUCAGCAUCUCAGCAGAGUACGCUGACAUCUUCUGCCAGUUCAAUUUCAUCCACCGCCACGACGAGGCCUUUUCCACAGAGCCUCUGAAGAACACAGGGCGAGGUCCUCCUCUGGGCUUCUACCACGUUCAAAACAUUGCCGUAGAGGUCACCAAAUCCUUUGUGGACUACGUCAAGACCCAGCCUGUGGUGUUUGAGGUGUUUGGUCACUACCAGAAACAGCCUGUCUGCAAGGACCUCAUCAGCCCCCUGCGUCCCAACAGAAGGCAGUUCCCUCCAGUAAUGCCCCUGUCCAAACCAGUCCCUGCCACCAAGCUGACUGCCCUGAUGCGCCCUACAGCCGGGCCCUGCCACUGCAAGUAUGACCUCAUGGUGUUCUUCGAGAUCUGUGAGCUGGAGGCCAGUGGAGACUACGUCCCAGCAGGAGUAGACCAUAGAGGAGGCAUGCCUUGCCAUGGGACGUUCAUGCUGCACCAGGGUAUUCAGAGGAGAAUAACUGUGACAAUCGUUCAUGAGACAGGUGAAGACAUCGUGUGGAAAGAUGUCCAGGAGCUGGUUGUGGGGCGUAUAAGUAACUCUCCCGAGGGGGACGAUACCAUCAUAGACCCCAACAUCCUCUCUCUCAACAUCCUGUCAGCUGGGUAUGUCAGACCCAUGCAAGACGACAGACAGUUUCUUGAUUCGGACAUGCCUAGGACAUUCUAUCGCUUUGAGGCUGCCUGGGACAGUGCCAUGCAUAACUCCCUCCUCCUGAACCGGGUCACUCCUUAUGGAGAGAAGAUCUACAUGACCUUGUCGGCCUACCUAGAGAUGGAGAACUGCACCCAGCCCACAGUCAUAACCAAAGAUUUCUGCAUGGUGUUCUACUCUCGAGACGUUAAACUCCCGACCUCCCGCUCCAUCCGAAACCUGUUUGGCACCGGAAGCCUGAGGACAACAACAGAGGGUAACCGAGUGACAGGUGUGUACGAGGUCAGCUUGUGUCACCUGGCGGAUCAUGGGAGCCCAGGAAUGCAGAGGAGACGUCGGCGGGUGCUGGACACCUCGGUGGCGUACGUCCGAGGGGAGGAGAACCUGGCUGGGUGGAGGCCACGCAGUGACAGCCUCAUCCUGGACCACCAGUGGGAACUGGAGAAACUCAGCCUCCUGCAGGAGGUGGAGAAGACGAGACACUACCUGCUCCUGAGGGAGAAGCUAGAGUCCACCCUGCUGCUGGGUCAGGAAGAGUUGCUAUCCUGUGUGUCUGUGGAGCAGAGUGAGUCCCCUCAGCCUUCCGAGGGCCACGCCCAGGACCUCAGUCUCAGCCCCACAGCUGACGCCCCCAACGAGAGGCAGAGGGAGCUAGUCGCUAAGUGUCUACGGCUGCUCGCCCACUCCUUCAACAGAGAGUACAGCCACGUGUGUGUCAGCGCCAGUGAAAGCAAGCUGUCUGAAAUGUCAGUGACUCUGCUGACAUUAGCAGGAUCGUGGCAACGGGUUAAAUCUAAGAUGGGUUCUCUAACUAUCUCUAUGGUCGAUCCCCACAUGGAAAACUUUUCUUCCUCCGUCUCUCCAACCAGAGCCACCAAGCUUCGCUCCUGCUGUGCCAGCCCCAACCCUGACUGCUCACAGCGGGAUGGACAGGUGAAGAAGUCCCCUGGUGGGGUUGCCGCCCCGGAGGUUAAACCCAGGACGCGCCGUUUUGUACCAGACAUCCAAGAGAUCCGGGUCAGCCCCAUUGUAUCAAAGAAGGGCUACCUGCAUUUCCUGGAGCCUCAUACCAACGGCUGGGUGAGGCGCUAUGUGGUGGUGAGACGUCCGUACGUCUAUAUCUACAAUACAGAGAGAGACCGCGUGGAGAGAGCCAUCCUUAACCUCUCCUCUGCCCAUGUCAAGUACAGCGAGGACCAGCAGGCCAUGCUCAAGACUCCAAACACGUUUGCUGUGUGUACUGAGCACCGCGGUAUACUGCUCCAAGCCAGCAACGACAAGGAGAUGCACGACUGGCUCUAUGCUUUUAACCCUCUCCUGGCUGGAUCCAUCAGAUCAAAGCUCUCCAGAAGGAGAGGAAGGAUGUGAAACAAACAGUCGGACAACAACACGUCUUGUAAAAGAAGAUAGAAAACAUUAGAACGCAAAGAGACUAACCUGUAUAUAAAUCCCUGAUUACUCCUAUGCUUA